AUGGCUCUUAGUACCACGAUCGCAAAACCAACCGCAAUCUACAAUGCAGACACCCAGAGAAGAAAGAAAAAAAGAAAAAAAUAUAUAAUCCGGAGUUUCCGUCCAUCAGCUGAAAAAAAAGAUAAAGUGCCAUUGUCAACCCCCCCCCCGCAUUUUAUGUUUCACAUAUUGCACUUCCGGUAGGGUUCGCUUCCUGGUCUUUCCCUGUUACAAAAGUACUCGUACGCGCGUAAAAACUACAAGUUAGCUUAAACCCCCUCCCCCGCCGUUCACAGGCGGCAUCGUACCGGUAAGGGGAACCCAGUUGGUGGGUAAGAUGCACAGAUUUGCCCCACUCGCGUAUCGGGGACGUGUCGGAUUUCGACACGAUUAAGUUUUUAGAGUUUUUUUGGUUUUGGGCUUUUUUUUUUUUUGGUUUUUGGUGGCUUUUUUUGGAUCCGUUUUGGUAUCACGCGGGUUUGUUACCCCAUUUCGCGCCAUGAAGGUAUAACCCGUGGUGGUAUAGAUUGAUGCGCCUGUUCGCAAGAAUGUACUGUACUAGUACUGUACUCGAGCACUCUACUCUCUCUGCUUGCCCCACUUUUACGCGCAGUCAUCCUUUUAUUUUCAUUUUCUCGCAUCAAUGGGUGGACGGAUGACCUCGCCGUUCGCAAGUUCCCUUGUGGUGGUAGCAUGCUAUAGCAAUAAGUAAAAAAGCGGCGAUAGGUGCAGCUCUAGGCGUCACAUGUAUUCGAGCUUGCAUGUUUGAUAACCGCAACCACCCCAUUAUCGUGGGGGGGAUUUCAUUACCGGUAAUUUGAUAGGCAUGCAAUAAAAAAUAGUACUCCAUACAACCCC